UCGGCGGAACACCUGAACCGGAAGCCAAUCCCUCGGGCGAGCGAUCAGCAGCAUGGUGAUAUCAGCCGAUCAUGAGCGCAACGGAAUCGCAGAUUUCUUCACGCAAGUUGACCCUGAAGUGCGAAAAGUUACGCUCGCCAUUGGGAACAUCAUCUCGAAAAACUCAAUCAAAGAGAUUACGUUGGAAAAGUCGUUAAACGUGAUGAUGGAACAUUGCCGCGAUGCCGGAUCGCUGCUGGCCAAGAACAUCGUGAAACCGGAGUACCUUUACAAGUACCUUCAAACCUACAACAUCAAUUUACCGCAGGACAGUACAAAAGCGACGCUGAUCGAGCAUUGCUUGCUGCUCUGGAGACGGAAGUAUGGUUCCAGUGGGGGGGAUACCUCGAACAUGCCGUCGUCGUCGGAUCUCCCGGGUCCGUCGUCACAAUCGUACGGUUUUCAUUCACCGUCGGCUGAUUCGAGCUCUUCCAGCACGGCUACGACCCUGCAGAGUCAUAUCGACGAUUACAAUGCCCUGGCCGCUUCUACGAAUGGAGUUUUCUUCAACGAAAACACUAACGGGCCCGGCGAAUCGGGAUCGGAUCCGCCCGGUCUCGAGCAGUAUCCGGUCAAUUUGCUAGCUCUCGACUACACGGUAUGGUUCUUUCUCAAGUGGAACCGCAAUUCGUUGGAUGAAAGUGCCUUCUGGUUGGAUGCCAACUGCACGGUAUCGCUGGAGAUUAGCGAAACGCAGCAGGGCACCGAGCAGGUGUGCGGCCCGCAAGACAUCAUCAACUUGAUCCUAAGUCUUAAGUUCCAGUACAGCUUUCAGCUUGUUCCGAACAUCAUGUUUGACGGGUGCCAAGGGCGUAUCGUUGAGUCGGGCGUAGUAGCACUGUCCUGUGGCGUGGUGUACAACAACCAGCCCGGACCAGACAAUCGGUACGUGUGUCUGGGAGAGUUUGAAACCCUCAUCGGAUUGCGACGGGACCCCAUGGAAAACAACAACUGGAAGAUACGAAUGCUAAAGCUCUACAUUAGGUACAAACCGGUGGACAACCUACCGGCGUUAGGGAAUAGUAAAAUGCUCAGCAGCUGUCUUAUGAUUCCGUUAACGAUGGAUACAGUCUAGGGUCCGGUGAAGUGCUACUAAAUUCGGAAGCUCAGCUCAACACGGCGGCGUAUCUCAUAGUGAACCCGUUAGCGAUCGUUGCCAUUAAGCCGGUUCAUCAUGCCAUAUCGAGAUGUAUUUUUUGUGAAAGGGUGCAAAAUGCUGUAUUAUAGUGAUUCGAUAGG